AUGGACGUCCCAACACCAUCGGAUCUCUUGGCCACUGAGUCAAAUCCGUUCGAUCUGCUUCCGCAAGAGAUCCUCGCCGUCAUCUUGCGCCACGUGGCACCAUCUGGCACGUCCUUUCAGCACGCCUUGGUGUGCAAGCGAUGGCAUCGCGCCGCGUGCCUCGCGCAGUCAUCAGUCCACGUGGCGAAAUCUCGAGCCAUCUCCUCGCCGCGCCUCCUCCUCGCGCUCUCCCGCUUUCCCCGCCUCACCAACCUCCAUAUCGAUCGAGACGGAGUCGAUUUCUUAGACGACGGAUUCCUAACAAUUCUCGCUAAAGGUGCUUGUUGGAACGGCACUGGCAGUACAAGAGUGGGCGGCAAUGGCGGUUUAUUGGAUGGCACUGGCGGUGGACUGGGCGGCACUGGUGAUACAGUGGCCUGCAGUGAUGAUAUACCACACGGCAUCAGGUCGUCACUAGAAAAAACGAGCAUCGCCAGCACCCGCACAGCAGCACAACCUGCUCUCGCAUCCGCGCUCCCUCCUCCGCAUACUCUUCCGCGCACCUCCCCUCUCCGCGCUCUCUUUCUCGCGGAGGACCCUCGCUCCCCUCCGCGCAUCUCAGCAGCAGGCCUGGACUCCCUUUUCCUCCACUGCCGCCUCUUACGCUCCCUUUCUCUCCACUGCAGCCGUGCAAUCACCGCCCUCCCGCCCUCUAUAGUCACACUGCCUGCACUCACAUCCCUAGAUAUUGCCAUGCCCUACCUAGGCAGCCUGCCGGAUGAUUUCGGCUCCCUGACUGCCUUGAGGGUUCUUAGGCUGGAAAGCCCUAGUCUUAGCUCUCUGCCCGAGAGCCUCGGGCAGCUGGAAUUACUGGAAGAGCUCACUCUCCGGUGCUUGUCUGCCCGGAACCUGCCUGAUUGGAUCGGGCAGCUUAGCAGCCUCACCUGCCUGGACAUCGAAAGCUGUUCUUUUCGGCACCUGCCCGAGUCUCUGGGCAGCCUUCGUUCCUUAACCUCGCUUCGCCUAUCAUCCCUUGAUUUUGACUCCUUGCCCGAAUCCAUCGGCCAGCUUUCUUCCUUGAAACAUUUCGUCCUGGAAAAAAUGCCUGUGACAAGUCUGCCCGAGCUUUUUGGGCACCUGGAAAACCUUUCUGUGCUCCAAUUGAACGACUGUGAUUCGCUCCUCUCCCUGCCCGAAUCCCUCUUCACCCUGCCUUCCCUUUCCACCCUUCUCAUUGGCUGCUGGGCCCUCUCCACACUACUAGACAAAAUCUCCCAGCUGUCAGCUUUGGAACAUUUGGAGCUGAAUUCUUGUGAGGGCCUCACCUCCCUUCCAGAAUCUCUUUCUGAGCUGCCCGCCCUGAAACACCUCGAAAUCUCAGCCUGCCCGUGUCUAAAGUCGCUACCAGCAACUCUUGGUCGGCUGAAGCAUCUUACCACCCUGGAAAUCCACAAUUGCGACUCACUCUUCCUCCUCCCCCCAUCGCUCCCUCUCCUCCCAUCCCUCUCCCGCCUCGUGAUUGUCGGGUGCUCCCAUUUGAGAGAGCUUCCGGGGAACCUGGGCGAGCUGAGCAGUCUAAGGGUGCUGGAGCUGGGGCUGUGCAAGAGCCUAAGGAGCCUGCCAGAUUCGAUCAUGGAGUUGGGUCAGUUGGAGAGAGUGGUGGUGCUCGGGUGCAGGAGGCUUGUUAUACCGUCAGAUCGCUUGAACCCUAAGACACCUCCGUUCGAUCGGCUUCCGCAAGAGAUCCUCGCCGUCAUCUUGCGCCACGUGGCGCCAUCAGGCAGGUCCUUUGAUCACGCCUUGGUGUGUAAGAGAUGGUAUCGCGCGGCGUGCCUCGCGCAGUCAUCAGUCCACUUGAAGCAUUUUCAAGCCGUCUCCUCUACGCGCCUCCUCCUCGCCCUCUCCCGCUUUCCCCGCCUCACCCACCUCCAUAUCGACCAAAACGGAGUCGACUCCUUAGACGACAAAUUCCUGACAAGUCUGGCUGAAGGUUCUUGUAACGCGUGUGACAAUCGCGAGGAGAGCAGAUUUUCACCAUAUAUUGAGGACGAGACAAAGGAGGAGGAAGGGGAGGAGGAGGAGGAGGAGGAGGAGAGUCACGAAGAGCGAUUCGGAGCCAUUGGCGCUGGGCGGAGCUUAGGACUGGACAGCACUGGCAAUAAUAGAGUGGCCGGCACUGGUGGUGCAGUGGGCGGAAUCAGCUCGUCACAGGAAAGAACAACCAUCGCUGGAAAGGUCAUUCGCCGCACAACCGCACGCCCUGCAGCCACAUCUGCACCACGCUCCUCACUCCCUCCUGAAGCACCUUCGCUGCUCCCAACUCCCCGAUCCUCCUUCGUCCCGCCAGUCCCCCCGCCCUCCGCAGCGCACCCAGCCGCGCACCUCCCCUCUCCGCUCUCUCUACCUCGAGGAGGGCAAUCGCUCCUGGCAGGGCAUCACGGCAGCGGCCUGCCGGAUGAUUUCGGCUCCCUGACCGCCUUAAAGGUGCUUCGGCUGGAAAGCUCCAGUCUUAGUUCUCUGCCCGACAGUCCCGGGCAGCUUAGCAGUCUCACCUGCCUCACCAUCGAAAGCUGUUCUUUGCAGCACCUGCCCGAGUCUCUGGGCAGCCUUCGUUCCUUAACUUCACUUCGCCUAUCGAACGACUGCGAUGCCCUCCUCUCGCUACCAGACUCACUCUUCACCCUGCCUUCCAUAUCCUCCCUUCUCAUUGGCUGCCGUGGCCUGCCCGCACUACCAGCCAAAAUUACCCGCUUUUCCGUUCUGGAACAACUGGAGUUGAGUUGUUGUGAGCGGAUCACCUCCCUUCCAGAAUCUUUAUGCCAGCUGCCCUCUCUAAAGCACCUCAAAAUCACACAUUGCACUAGCCUGCAAUCUUUCCCAGCAGCACUCGGCCAGCUGGAACACCUAUCCUCUCUAGAAAUCAUCAGGUGCGACUCACUCUCGCUCCUCCCACCAUCGCUCCCUCUUCUCCCGUCCAUCUCGCGCCUGGUAAUUAUCGGUUGCGAGCUUCUAAGAGAGCUUCCUGAAAACCUAGGUGCACUGAAGAGCCUGCGAUUCCUGAACUUAGGGAUGUGCGGGAGCCUAAGGAGCUUGCCAGAGUCGAUUACGAAGCUGGAUCAGUUAAAACAAGUGGUGGUGAUUGGGUGCAGUCAGAUUGAGAGCAUGCCGGAGGGGCUUACAGAGAUGGUAGGGCUGCAAAGAGUCGGCAUUUGA